AUGAAUAUCGACGCAAGCGCCUAUGGCGACCAUUCGAACAAUGCUGAAGGUCAGCCUCAUGGAGGGCGUGUGAAAAUAAAUAUCGGUGGUAGCGUUUUCGAAGCUUCACUUUCCACCCUCAAAAGGUUUGAUGAUAGUAUGUUCUCUGCUUUGGUUGCUAAUCGCUGGCAACAAGAUGAACUAUUCAUUGACAGAAAUCCGACUCACUUUGGAAAAAAUGUCUUCAGAGGGAGGCCGAGUUCUACAAUCUACCUGGGCUUGUUGAGAUUUGCUUCUCCAAACGGAGUGCAAAUCAUACGGAAAAACUCGACAAUCCAUCCCAAAGACCAUCCCGCGUAA